AAAACAUUUGAACGGAUUUGUUGUUCAAAUGAUUAUUAUAUAAAUAUUUAGUUUAUAUACAAAAUACAUAUAUAUUUGGAUUGAUUUGAUAAUCGCAUAAAUGUCUCAAUUAACGCACCAAAUGCCACAACAAUCACCACAAGUGCAGCAAUUGGUCGCCAAUCAGACAGUUAUAAACGGCGGACGCUUUGACUUCGACGACGGCGGCACUUACUGUGGCGGAUGGCAUGACGGCAAAGCACACGGACAUGGAAUCUGUACGGGACCUAAAGGACAGGGAGAAUAUUCCGGUUCGUGGCACUAUGGCUUUGAAGUGAGUGGUGUGUAUAAGUGGCCAUCCGGUGCUACUUAUGAGGGUCAGUGGCAAAACGGCAAACGACACGGCAUUGGAGUUGAAUACAGAGGCAAAUGGGUCUACAAAGGAGAGUGGACUCAAGGAUAUAAAGGCCGCUAUGGGGUCAGAGCUAGUCUCUUGUCUACAGCCAGAUAUGAGGGCACGUGGGCUAAUGGCCUUCAGGACGGCUACGGAUCAGAGACAUAUGCUGAUGGAGGCACUUAUCAGGGCCAAUGGCUGAGAGGUAUGAGACACGGCUAUGGAGUUCGUUCUUCCGCACCGUACGGUCACUGCAAUAUAACCAAAGCUAUUGUGACGAGUGCUACCAACGCCUCCCUUCAGUCAUUAGACACGGAGGGGGAGAGUCAGGCCGACAACAAGAGAGACUCAGUUCGGGGAGGCUUUGUAUUAGUGGCCAGAAAUAGCUUUCGAGACAAACGAAGGAAUUCAUUGGUAGAGAAGUCGUCUAAUUUGAGGACAAAUUUGUUCAAAGGCUUACGACUCCGCAAACAACGAUCUACCGGUGAUAUCGAUUUAAAGUCAAGCAAAUCCAAUACCCCUUCGCUGGUCAGUUCGAGAGAGGCGUCAGAGAGUGGAAGUGCCGCCUCUUUCAAAGAAGCCGAUCAAGACGUCGGUUCUAACGCAAGCUUUUUGUCCCAAAACGGAGACAUCAGUGAUCCGACCACUACUGAGACAUAUAUGGGUGAGUGGAAGAACGACAAGAGGUGUGGGUUCGGAGUGUGCGAGCGCUCAGAUGGGCUCCGAUAUGAGGGCGAGUGGUAUAACAACAAGAAAUAUGGAUACGGAGUGACCAUUUUCCGUGACGGAACCCGCGAAGAAGGGAAGUAUAAAAACAAUCAAUUGGUUACGAAUGUGAGGAAAAAGCAUCUCUUCGUCAUUCGGUCGUCGAAAGUGAGGGAAAGGAUAGAGUCGGCGGUCGUGGCCUCACAUAGAGCUCAACAAAUAGCGUUACAAAAGGCAGACAUCGCUAUCUCGAGGACAGCCACCGCUCGUGGCAAAGGAGAACAGGCAGACUUCGGGGCGAGUUCUGCACGCAAUGACUCGCAGAUGGCCUUCAUUACUGCCAAACAAUACGGCGGAACAGAUAUAAGUCAAUCGCAUUCCUUAGACGCGCCGCUCAGACGACGGCUCUCCGACUUCUCGCAGAUCCGCCGCAACACUCGCGACGGCCCUCACGACCACCGGAACGCCAUUCAACAGACAGCCCUUCAACAGACAGCUCUUCAACAAACAGCCCUUCAGCCCAACAGACAAUUCUUAGACCCAAACGAGCCUUUCGGCGGAAGACGCGGAUCUUUCCGAAGUCAGAAUCAGUCGGCGUUAGAGUCUCAGGGGGUUCAUCCACACCAACAACACGCCAAUCGACUGCAGCCACAGUUACCACAAAACCAAAUACAACAUCAUUUGCAGCCACAGAACUAUAACCGACAGCAACCGACUGUCCAUUUGCCUCACCAGGCAGUCCAUCAGCACCAGAACUAUCAAACACCGACACCGAACGACCCGUUCGGGCAGACAUUCAGUGACCACUUCGAUCAGUACCGGACUUUAACGCCCGACUCGGGUGUAAGCCUUGAAGAAUGCCUUAACCGCCGCACCGGUACUACAAUACCUAAUGUGUUGAACCGUUCGUCAAAUAAUAGCGAAGACACGUUCGACGAGUCGUCGCAACCAAAACACUGGCGAACGGCGUCUCUCUAUAGACCAACCGCCGCUCAAAAUCAUAACCAGUCGGGAGGCGCCGGUACGUCCAGUGGGACUACGGGCGGACUAAAACGUAAGCCAUCCCUACAGCCAAAUGUUGUGAAACAAGUGAAUAAACCGAUUAUGACUCGCGAAGAAGUGUCUGUUUUGUCACAUAAUCGUCGAGAACAGCAACGAAUCGAAUUAGAAAUGAAGGAAAAGUUAUCUCGAAAUCCAUUUCUCUAUUUAAUGAAUCCUCAGUUCACUAAUUGGUUGAGUAGACAACAGUUGGUUAUGUUAGUCCUUGUUAUCAAUAUAUCGUUAGCCAUACUAUUCUUCAAGUUAUUGAUUUGA